UUGACUGCCAUUGUCAUUUCCCCUACAUGUGGCCAAGAACUGUUUGGUUACAAGAAUUCUUCCAAAUAUCUUUCUCUGUGUUCAUCGGAACAAAGACAUUUAUACACAUUUGGAACCACUAGAGAGAGUCAUUCAUGACAGAAGUUUUAUUUUUGAAGAAUCCCCUUUAAGUUGAAACUUUUCUCUUUCUGUUGAAUUUCAGUUUAUCCACUGUUAUUACUCGUUUUCUUUGGGUUGUUUUGGGCUACAUGUGUUAAUGUUUAUAUGCCGGGUUGAUGUUUUUUUAUCUUCCAUUUUUAGAUCUUUUAAUUCUUUCACACUCCAUUAAACACAUUUGCACAUGGUGUCAUUUCAUUCUUUUUACGGACGGUUUAUAAAAAUGACGUGACGCAUCUCUUACGAAAAUUAUUUAACCAUGAUUUAAAACCAACAAAACAUUGUUUUACCACAGUCGAAACCAAAAAAACAUUGUUUUACCACAGUUGAAACCAAAAAAACAUUGUUUUACCACAGUUGAAACCAAAAAAACAUGCUUACUGUAGUAAAACUAUGGUUACCUCAAAAUAACAAUGUUUAAAAAAACAUGGGUAAAACCAUAUGGUUUUGCCAACAGUCCUUAAUGCACCAAAAAAAAAGUUACCACAAAAAACGGUUAAUUUUCGUCAUUCAGCGAACAUUAGUUGGACUUUUGUGUUGUUGCUGUCUAUCAUUUUUGUGUUUGUAUUUGCUGUCGUUGUUGUGUGUGGUAUGAGCACGGAUGAGCGUGACCUUUGUGUUCGAGUUGUUUGGUUGCCGUGGCAACAGCACGCUGAAGCAGACACUCCCGGAGCUCAAGAACGUCUCGAUAGAUGUGUGUGUGUGUGUAUAAAUGUCUUUAUAUUUGUGCAGGUUUGAUGUAAAUGUGUGAUAUUAUAUAUUGGAGACGUUGAGAAUGUCGGGUAUUAUCUGCGAGUGGCUGAACGCGGAGCUCCGUCUGUCUAAAGUCGUCGCGCCGGUUUCUCUGAGCAGAGAUUUCGCCAACGGAUUUCUGAUCGGUGAGAUUCUGAACAGAUUUGAGCUGCAGGAUGAUUUUCAUCUCUUCUCAAAACACAGCACUCCAAAUGCAAAGCUGAAUAAUUUCACACGUCUGGAGCCCACGCUUCAUCUGUUGGGCGUGCCCUUUGACCUCUCUAUGUCCAGAGCUGUGAUGCAGGGCAAACAGGGAGCGGUCACCAAUCUUCUCUAUCAGCUGUACAUUGUCCUGCAGAAGAAGAAGAGAUCCAGACUCACGGCCACGGCCAUGCAGGUCAUGCAGCCCGCGGCCGCAGCUCGACUCCACCGAGUAGAGAAACACAUCUACACUGAGCGUUUGAAGACGGUGGUGAGACGUGAAGCGGAUGUGAAGAUGCAGAAGAUCGCAAAGCGUUUUCAUAAAAGAGGACAAGACAUGUACCAUCAGUCCAUCAUGACUGAACUCCAGCAGGAGAAAGAGAGAAUCGGACGACAGGAGGAGAGAAGAAUGAGAGACAUUGAAAAGCAUCGUCAGGCGCGCAGGAGGCAGCAGGACAUGAUGAUUCAGAUUCAAUCGGCUGUGCUUCAGAUCCCGAAGCCUCCACACAGUCGAUCACCCAGAGCUCUGGAGAAACAACAGCAGAUUCGCAAACAGCAGGACGCUCAGCUCGUCCGGCGUGAUAUCGCUCAGUUUGAGAAGAACCAGAAGAGCAUCUCUCAUGCCGGAGACGGAGCUUUACUCUCCAGCGGUCAUGUGAUGAGCGCACAUGACAGGGAACAGAGAAUACAUGGAGAACAUCCGUCUGCGUCUGGAGGAAGACUCGACUGCACGAGAGCAGAGAGAGAUGCGCAGACGUCGAGCUCUCGUAGAACAACUGCGAGCACAGCAGACUCGACAGGAGGAGAUACGAGAGCAGCAGAUGGUGAAGAGAUUGAUGCGUCAGACGCAACAGGAGAAGCGAAUCGCCUUCCAGCUGACGCAGAUCAAAGGACAGAAGGAAAUCCUGCGACAGAACCGCAUCUUCCAGGAGAGACAGAACCAGGAGCGACGCCUUCAGGAUUUCCAAGAGGCCCUGGACAGAGAAGCAGUUCUGCUGCGAGAGGAGCGUCUGGAUCGCAGCGAGGAGAUUCACGUGGAACGCCAGCUACACAAGCGACUCGCCGCCGAACGCGCCCAAGCUCGAUACCGCAAACACUUCCACGUCUGCAGAGGGAUUCUGGGACAGAUUGUGGAUCUGAGCACCAAAGUCGGAGAAUAUCGACUCCUCACAGACAAGAGAUCUCACAGUAUCUCGUGCCGUACUGGGAGAACAUGUGCUCUUCAUAUGAGACUAAUGUUAAAACGGUCAUGCAGAACCUCCGCAGUGAACGUGAACUCAUCAUUCAUCAUCUGUAUGACAUCCGAGAGAACUUCAGACAGCACCUCCUGAAGCCUGAUCUCAAGCAGGAGUUUGUGAGCUCAUGGCAGAGCGAUUAUAACCGCGUUCCUGACAACAUCAGAGACGAUGAAGAGACCAAAGGAGAACUUCACCAAAGACUCGACGACUUGCGUGAGCGUCUGUGGGAUAUCUGUGAUAAGCGCAGGGAUGAGGCGGUGCUGGAGCGAGCGGCUGUUGUUGAUGACGGCUGGUUAGAUGAUCAUACAGCUCUCAUCAUCAACCACUAUUGUACACUCAUACAGACAGAAGUGAGCAGGUGUCAGGGUGGUGUGUAUCUGCUCAGAGAUUAUUACUCAGGAAUGAAUAAAGCUCUGUUACCUCAAUCAUCAUGUGACUCCACUCGUCUUCCUCUGCUUGACGUCACCUGGAGUGAAAACAUGGAACCUGAGACGUCUAACAUCUCAUCUGUUUCUGGCCCAUCAGAGAAGCAUGCCAAGAAUGCUGGGAAGAAAGACACAGAAGCAGAGGACACGAGGAAACUGUUUCCAUUGGUUACCAGCAGAUCAUCCUCCAAUGAGAUCUCGAAACAAGAUCUGCGUCGCCCCGAUGAGAAACUGCUUGAGGAGAUUUAUCAGACGGCCAUCAGCGCAGUGUGUGCAGAGGUCCAGCGGCGUGAGCAUGAGGAGGGCGACGAAGAACAACAUCAGACGAUGGAAACACAGAGAGCAAACACACAGUCUCAAGCUUCAAACUCUGCUAAAGACAGAAAGAAAACUGCUAAACAGAAAGGAGCUCCUCCUCCUCCAUCUCAUGAGCCCAGUCCUCAACUGGCAGCGGAUGAGAACCCUGAGGAGGUGAAGAGGAGAGCCACGAGGAGACGAAUCCGUCAGGAGUACACAGCCGCUCUCAAACAUGAAGAGCGCGGUGUGACGAUGCGUCUGGAUGUGCUGAAGUCACACGCUGUGAGAACGUUGCGCAGCCUGCAGCGGAACACACAAGAGCUCUACACGAACACGCAGGAGUGGAUGGAGACACGUUACCUGUCGGAGAUGAGCAGUGUCGAGCAGCUGACAGAGUUGGUUCGGCGGCACAUCGAGAACGGCCUUCAGAUCCGUCACGAGCUGGUGUUACACGCUGCUGAUUUCUGCGUGGACGGAGACACGCGUGUGUUGGCCAGCGCCCCGCCCACUCCCCCCCCGCCGCUGCUGGAGGAGCACAGAGACAGCAGACUCACCGUUCAACAGCUGAACAUCAUCUGUGCUCAACUGCACAAGACGGCACCAUCAGGUGUGUUGUCCGGUACCGAGUUGACCGAAGUCCUGCAGGAGUUCAUCUCUCCUCACAUGGGCUGUGAUGAUUUACCUCAACCCUGGACACACGUGACAUCCUCACAGCGGAAACAAGAACUUCCAGAACUUUCUCUUCAUCCACUGCCACGAUAUGAAGAGCAACCGACGCGGAGAGGCAUAUGUGCCUUCUUCAGAAGGAAACUGCAGGCAUUUAAAGGCCGUGCGAGCAACGGAGGGCAGCAUCGUCUGGAUGACCCGCUGCCCGGUGAGCCAGUCGUGGCCGAACCUCAGCCCGAGGUCGAUUUAACCGGCCCGACUAAAGUGCCACUUGAGUCCAUGUAUGACUUACAUGGGAAGAAGCUGCAGGACGGCUUUCUUGUGGCUACUCGGAGAUCCGACGGCCAGGAAGUCUUGCUCAAUGUUUUUCCCAGGAAGCCGAAACACAAAGUUUUUUUUCCUGGGUACGGGAGCACCAUUGACAAGAGAGUGGCCUGGAAUGUGCUGCUCUCAGGACGAGAGAGAAGCCCGCACGUGCAACAGCUGCAUCGCUGGUUCCAGGGACCAAAAAAAAUGGUCUUGGUGUAUGAAAAUCUCUCCACGAGCUUGGAGGAAUACGUCAAGAAGAGUGGUGGUCAACUGCGUGAAGCCGAGGCUCGGGGUCUAGUCAAACAGGCGGCUGAGGGAGUUAAACACUCCCUGGACCACGGCGUAUUUCACGAGACGGUCUUCGACACAAACUUCUUCAUAGAAGAGAAGACCGGAACGGUGAAAUUAAGCCUCUCUGGCGAAGUGAAGCGCAUCCCCAGCAUCCAUGAAAUCAGACAAUUCAAGGGACGAGCCACGGUCCUUCAAAAGCUGAAGACAGACAGAUGCUACGCAGAAUUCAAAUCUGUUUGGUAUCUCGGCGAACUGGCGUAUGAGAUGAUUCAUGGCCACGAGAAGAAAAAGGGCAAAGAACCCAAGCUGGACUCCAGUUUAUCCAGAGAAUGCCGUGACUUCAUCAGCGAGUGCUUGCAGAGAAAUCCACUGCACAGAAUGAGUCUGAAGGAAUUGAUGGCACAUGAGUGGAUAAACGGAGUCGAGGAAGGCCCAUCAGACCCAGACGUGUCUGAGCCCGUCCCAUGUCCAUUUCAUGUGGGACACACGGCUGAGGUCGAGUUACCUGGGCCAACUACAGCGCCACUUGAUUCCACAAAUCAAGGAAAUGAAAAGCAGCUGUUCGAAGGAGCGUUCAUGAUGACUCGAAAAUCUGCUGGCAGAAAAGUCAUCAUGAAGGUUCUGACCCAGGAUGCUGAAGGAGCGACGCAUUCUUUGUCCUGGGUUCAGGAGGACUGUUGACGUUCGACAGAUAAAUCUGUUGAGACAGAAAGAGGCAUCCUGAGGUAGAGGUAACGUAAGUUAAGUAAGAAAAGGCAAGUCUUUGGUAAUUUUCUGUUACGAGAAAAAACAUUAGAAAUAGUAUUUUAUAGUAUGUUAUUAGCCUGCAUUUAA